UCCAAGAAUAUUACGAUUACGCCAUGGAACAGAACAUCCAUAUUCUUCCCUCCCCCGACAAGUGCGAAGACUAUUGGAAGCACCAGUGAGAAAAUAUGGUGAGAGAGAGAAUAUGUUAUUAGAAGUAUUGCUACAGUAAUGAGGUUGCUAGGGUUUUGUGUUUUAUAAUUUUGCUGAAAAUUUCCGAUGGAAAUGCCUGGAAGACGAUCUAAUUAUUCGUUGUUGAGUCAGAUUCCGGACGAUAACUUCCACCAGCUACCGAAGUUUACCGCUCCCGGAGCUGGUGUGCCAGCUUACGAGUCUCAUUCAGGGGAGAAGAAUAAGGCGAAAGGUGAUAAGGGAUUUGAUUGGGACUUGAUUGAUCAUAGAAUGAUUCAGUCGCAGAACCGGAUCGGGACGCCGGGGUACCCGGCGUCGAUUGGGCUGCAGAGACAAUCCAGCGGUAGUAGCUUCGGUGAGAGCUCGAUCUCCGGCGAGUACUACAUGCCGUCGUUAUCCAAUCCUGAUGCAUCUUAUGGACAGUUAAAUGAUGGUGGCGGCGACCUGAGGCUAGGUGGCGGCGGCUCUUCGUCGUCCAAGAGCUGGGCGCAGCAGACUGAGGAGAGCUAUCAGUUGCAGCUAGCACUGGCGCUACGCCUUUCAUCUGAAGCUACAUGUGCUGAUGAUCCUCAUUUUUUGGAUCCCGUGCCCGACGAAGGGGCAUCGAGGUCUUCAGCUUCAACUGCUUCAGCAGAGUCCAUGUCCCAUAGAUUCUGGGUAAAUGGAUGCUUAUCAUACUCUGACAAAGUUUCUGAUGGGUUUUAUUCAAUUCACGGGAUCGAUCCUUAUGUGUGGACUGUCUGCUCGGAGCUGCAAGAAAAUGGUCGCAUUCCAUCAAUUGAAUCAUUAAAAGCUGCUGAUCCCUCCAUUUUACAUUCGGUUGAAGUAAUUUUGAUUGAUAAGCAUAGUGACUCCAAUUUGAAGGACCUGCAGAAUCGGGUUCGUAGCAUGUCCAAUAGUUGCAUCACACCAGAAGAGGUUGUUGAAGAGCUUGCAAGGCUAGCUUGCAACCGUAUGGGUUUUAUUGCCUUCAUAAGGGGUGCAACUUCUAGUGGAGAAGAUGACUUGGUUCCUGUCUGGAAGGAAUGCAGAGAUGAUCUUAAGGACUGUUUAGCAUCUGUUGUGAUUCCCAUUGGUAGCUUGUAUGCUGGCCUUUGUAGACACCGUGCUUUGUUAUUCAAAGUACUUGCUGACUCUAUUGAUUUACCUUGUCGAAUUGCCAAAGGAUGUAAAUAUUGUAACAGAAAUGAUGCUUCCUCGUGUCUUGUUCAGUUUGGUGUUGACAGGGAAUACCUGGUUGAUUUGGCUGGAAGGCCAGGAUGCUUAUGUGAGCCUGAUUCGUUGCUCAAUGGUCCAUCUUCCAUUUUGAUUUCUUCACCAUUGUGCUUCCCCAGAUUCAGACAGGUUGAAACUACAACUGAUUUCAGUUCCUUGGCCAAAAAAUAUUUCUCAGACAGUGAAUCACUUCAUCUUGUUUUUGAUGAUUCUUCCACAGGAACUGCCAUUGACGGAGAUGCUAGUGUUCCCAUGUGUGCUAAACAAACAGACAGGAAUUACAUUGAUAGAAAUGGUUGUGUGCCUAGUUCAAGCAAUCAAGAUGAAAUCUCAAGAUUACCUUUGCCUCAUACAAAUGCUCAGAGAAAAGCUCAUUAUAAGGAGUCACAACAUGUUGAAAUAUAUAACCCUUCAAAUGCCAUCAGCCCACUGAACAUUGGGAUAGACACACAUCCUCUUAUAGUCCAAUCUGACCCUAGGGUCGAUAGUCAUCUACUUUCACAUAAACCGGGUAAGGAGCUUGGGCUUGAUGUAGAAGAUCUGGAUAUUCCCUGGACUGAUCUUGUUCUAAAAGAGAAAAUUGGGGCAGGUUCUUUUGGUAUAGUUCAUCGUGCUGAUUGGAAUGGCUCUGAUGUUGCUGUGAAGAUUCUAAUGGAGCAAGAUUUUCAUCCAGAGCGAUUACAAGAAUUUUUACGGGAGGUUGCAAUCAUGAAACGUUUACGGCAUCCAAAUAUUGUACUUUUCAUGGGUGCUGUUACUCAGCCUCCAAAUUUGUCCAUAGUUACAGAAUAUUUAUCAAGAGGUAGUCUAUAUAGACUUUUGCAUAAACAUGGCGCAAGAGAGAUGUUGGAUGAGAAACGUCGGCUGUCUAUGGCUUAUGAUGUGGCAAAGGGAAUGAAUUAUCUUCAUAAAGGCAAUCCUCCAAUUGUUCAUAGAGAUUUAAAAUCCCCAAAUCUUUUAGUUGACAGGAAGUACACAGUGAAGGUCUGUGAUUUUGGUCUUUCCCGAUUAAAAGCAAACACGUUCCUUUCUUCAAAAUCAGCUGCUGGAACACCUGAGUGGAUGGCACCAGAGGUUCUACGUGAUGAACCAUCUAAUGAAAAAUCAGAUGUAUACAGCUUUGGUGUGAUACUGUGGGAGCUGGCAACGCUGCAACAACCAUGGAGUAAUUUGAAUCCUGCCCAGGUUGUAGCAGCUGUUGGCUUUAAGUGCAAGAGGCUUGAAAUACCACGUGAUUUGAAUCCUCAAGUGGCAAAAAUUAUUGAGGCAUGCUGGGCUAAUGAGCCUUGGAAACGUCCUUCAUUUUCAAAUAUAAUGGAUAUGCUGAGACCAUUGAUUAAACCUGCUACUACACCUCAGCAAGUUCGUACAGGCGUGCAAUUGCUUACAUGAAUGCCUGAAAACUUUUUAAAUUGUGUAACGGCACAUGGUAUUCAUUAAUUUUCAAGUUGUUGGAGGAAGACUGCUUUGGUUAUGUCAGGCUUGUUUGCUUGUGUAAAUAAUAGUGUUUUGGACUUCAGAUAGCCUGUUGUGAAAACUGAUUUUUUACAUAGUUCAAGCAGAGCAGCCAACUUCUUUGUGUAAUCUGGAAGUGAUUCUUUGAAUGUUAGCAAUCAAAUAUUUUGUACUUUUGUUUGGCAAUGGUUUUGUAUUAGCUAUUGUAAUUGAGUGUAGUAGGGGGGAUACAUGCUGGAAAACUAAACCCACAUAGUCAUUCAAAAUGUAGUCAAUUCUGGUUUUAUGCUGAUUA